CUCCUUCUCCUCCUCUUUCAUAUCUUCCCUAAAACUCGGGAUUUUAAGAAUAUUCUCUUCUUGCAUUUUUUUUCUUAGGGUUUUCGAAAAUAAGGAAACCAGAAAAAAAAUCUCCUUUCCCGAUCUCUGAGAUUCUCUUUCCAAACGGAGAGAAAAUCUGCAUUCCCUUCUUGAAUAAACCUUUCUUCUUCUUCGUGGUUGUGCGGCUGCUUUGUCUUUCCAGAGCUCGUUUGAAUCAGGUUUGUAGUUGAAGCUCAGAUCAGUCUUAAGAGUGUAGUAAAAUCUUUAGGGAUGAUUUGUGUUCACUGUUAAUGGACCGUUCACCAACAAGCAGUUGACAAGAAAACAUUGAAGAAGUGUUUUUGUUCAUUGACAAAACAGUUGGAUAAAAACACAAAGUGAUUUAGAAGAAGAUCCAAUCAAAUUUUCUUGUCUGAAAGCUUUUUGAUUUGGACUUGAAUGGAUAUUAACCUAAACAAGAUUUCCCCUGCUCUCUCUGACCCUGCUUCACCAGUCAACAAAUCAAGACUAGGAACAUCCUUCCCUUCAGGAAAAUUCAUGAUGAGUUCUAGGAAGAUGAUCCCUAAGCUCGACGAUGUUAAAUCCAACGGUUGGUUAGAAGCAAUGAUUUCCUCUUCCCCACCACGUAAGCCUCUUCCUAAGAGGCUUGUCAAGGAUUUCAACGUCGAGGUUGCUCCUGAAGAUGACUCUGCUCAACGGGCUUGGAUGCGCAAGUAUCCUUCAGCGAUUACUUCUUUUGAGCAUAUUGCAGCUCAAGCUAAGGACAAGAAGAUAGCAGUGUUUCUAGACUAUGAUGGAACUCUUUCCCCAAUAGUCGAUGACCCUGAUCGUGCCAUCAUGUCUGAUGCGAUGCGUGCUGCUGUUAAAGAUGUGGCCAAGUACUUCCCAACUGCAAUUAUUAGUGGUAGAAGCCGUGACAAGGUUUACGAAUUGGUAGGACUAACCGAACUCUAUUACGCGGGUAGUCAUGGGAUGGACAUAAUGACUCCUGUUAAUGUUAAUGGGUCUCCUCAAGGCCCAGACUCUGUAAAAUCCACUGACCAACAGGGUGAGGAGGUAAACCUUUUUCAGCCAGCUAAAGAGUUCAUACCAGUCAUCGAAGAGGUUUAUAAUUCUCUUGUUGAGCUAACUAAAGGUAUCAAAGGUACAAAAGUAGAGAACCACAAGUUCUGCACCUCUGUUCAUUACCGUAACGUUGAUAAGAAAGACUGGGAAAUCGUUGGUCAAAUCGUUCAUGACCACCUGAAACAAUACCCUCGUCUGCGUCUUACUCAUGGGAGAAGGGUUUUAGAGGUUCGUCCUGUGAUUGAGUGGAACAAAGGAAAAGCAGUUGAGUUUCUGUUGGAGUCUCUCGGAUUAAGCAACGGUGAUGAUUUCCUCCCAAUCUUUAUUGGAGAUGACAAGACUGAUGAGGAUGCGUUCAAGGUACUAAGGGAGAGGGAACAAGGAUUUGGGAUAUUGGUAUCGUCUGUUCCAAAAGAAAGCAAAGCGUUCUAUUCUCUUAGAGACCCAUCAGAGGUGAAGAAGUUUCUCAAGAAUUUGGUGAAGUGGAGAAAGAUGGAAGACUCCACAAGUAUGUGAUGACUGUCUAGGAGUAUCAGAAGAGCUUCAUCCAAUGCUGCUUUCUAUUUUUAUUUAUUUUUACAGUUUUUAGUUUCUGUUUUUAGCAGUUUCGUCAUUUCACUUAAAUCAUUUUUCCAUAUAUCCAUAAAUUAAAGUUUGUUACGAUUAGAACUUUUUCAUUAUAUAAGUUUCUUGAGGGACAAGCGUCUAACAUGG